CCACCAUUAGUAGACAACUAUCUAGCUACCUCGCAAGAAAAAGAGAUGGCUAUAAAAGGAAAGAUAUCACGUGAAGUUGAAGUCAAAUGUCAUUGUCACCAGGUCUUUGAACUCUACAAGCACAGGCCACAUGACUCGUCAGUCGUCGACCCUGCUAAGGUUGAAGCUUGCCAUCUGGUGUCUGGUGAAUGGGGUGUUCCUGGAUCUGUCGUUGAGUGGCACUACUACCAUGAUGGAAAAAAGGAAACUGGGAAAGAAAUCAUUGAAGAAGUUGAUGAUGAACUACCCAAAAUUUCGUUCAAACUGAUUGAAGGAGAUAUCUUGAAGGUGUAUAAUUCCUUUAUCAACACCCUUACGACCAAAGAUGUGGGCGAUAAGAAGUUUGUUAUCUGGACUAUAGAGUUCGAGAAGGCGAAUGCAAGUAUACCGGAUCCAACAUCGUAUCUGGACUUGCUUUGUGGAAUUGCCGGAAAUAUGGAUGCUCAUUUUCUCAAGCAACCAUGAUCUCGCCCAUAUAUUCAAUAAAUAAAUAUCGCCGACAUCCACUUUAAUUGCUUGGUAACAAUAAAUUGAUUAAAGGGAAGUGAUUGUCCAAUAAAUAAAUGUCGCCGGUAUAUUCAUGAAUCAUGAUAAUAAAUAAUAUUUACUACUUGUGAAGAUAUGUAUUUGUAUUGUAAACUAUGGUGU